GUGAGACUUUGUUUGUGACAAAUUAUUCUUUUAAAAUGGUUAAAUGUUUUAUUUGUGGAGCUGGAGAAGAUGAAGUACCAAAAAUGCAUCGAUUUCCAACUAAUAUUAACAAAUCCAAAAUCUGGCAAGAAAAAUUAGGAAUGAGAUUCAUGGGAGAGAAUCUCCGAAAUUACAGAAUAUGCUCUAAACAUUUCACUCUAGAAUCAUACACAGAUUCUAUAAAUCAUAGACUGCUCAGAGAUGCAGUUCCAAUGCAGUUCUUCAAUAAAUCACUCGCUUCGACUUCUGCAACGCCAGUUGAAGAAGUCGAAGAAAGCAGAUUUAUUGUAUCUGAAAGUAGCAAUGAUAUGCCAAUCGAAUCUGAUAUCCCAAAUAUUAUUGAAUCAGGUAUGUUUUAAAUCAGGACCGAAUCUCUAGUGUAUAAAACGCCACGAUUCAAAAAAAACUUUGGCGCCCUUUUUCCUUUGUUUGUAUGCUGUUAUCAAGAAUAUUUCAAUGUGAGAAGAAUUGAAAAUUUUCAAAAACUGUAGGUAUAUAAAAAUUGAAGUUCACAUUGUUUUUAGAUGCAGAGGGGUCCUCUAAUAGUAUACAGUUGGAUCAGCCACAAACACCUAAACGAAGAGGCAAAAUUUUCAGAGAUAUAGAAAAUUUCUCCAUAAUACACUCUUCACCUAGGAAAAAGAAAUUGGUGAAAAUCAUCCAACAAAAAGAAGACCACUUACGGAAACUCAAAAAACAGUGUAGACAAAAGUCUAAAACUUUAAGGAGCGUUUUAGAAUUGUCUGAUGCCCCAGAGGUUCGAAAUUUAUAUGAAAACAUGCCUAAAACAUCCUGGAACUUCAUGAUGUCUCAAUUGAGAUGUUCGAAAGUGAAGGGUAAAAGAGGCAGAAGAUGGACUUUGGACGAUAAAAUUAUGUCUCUAUUAUUAUUGAAGAAAAGUCCCAGAUGCUACAAAUUGCUGAGCUCCUUUGUUGCGCUUCCUUCACGUAACACUGUAUUGAACUUGCUCAAAAAGGUGCCAUUGAAUGCUGGAAUAAAUAAAAACAUUUUUGAGCAUAUUAAUGAAAACAUAAAAGAGGACCUUGA